AUGGUGAGGGUAAGGUUGGUGGUAAGGGUCAGGUUGUUAGUGAGGGUGGAUCUGGAGGGUGACGGUAAAAGGUUGAUAGAAAUGAGGGUGAAGGCGAGAGUGUGAUUUUCAUAGUGCUGUUGCAAUAGAGGGACGAAAAGGACUGAAAGAUCUAAAGGGACUAAAAGUAAACUGGGAUAAACUCAAUUUCUCGUGGACCCCUCUCGGCGUCCCUUUGGUCCGCCACGACCGACUGUUUAAAUUUCUGGCAGAAUAUAGAGGAUGGUAUGUAUAAAAUUCUUCUACGAGUACCACGAAACCCCUGAGACGGUACUGUAUGAUGCAUAGUACAGAAACGGAAGAUUGAUCUUGAAUUCGGAUUCUCCCUUUUCAGUUUCCUCUGAUCAAAAUCUCAGCAAGUUUCGAUAAUGCAUUAUCAGUUAAAGGACGGGUCCGCAUAAGACCACGAAUCGGCCCAUUCGACGUUUUUGGUGGAAAUACCCUAUAUUUAUAUGCGGGAUGAUGAUUCUCGAUUGAAAGGAUACUUUUAUGCUAAAUCCGGUU